UUGGUUAGAUCAUUCGACGGAAAGAUAGCAAGGUUUACCGAGGCGCCUCUGCUAGCGUUCAAAAAUUUGCACAGGCGCGUCAAGCUAGUGGCGGACUCAAACGUCUCAUCUUUUUUUUUCCAGCCGUGCGGUAUCAUUUCAAUCGAAAUCCCGAAGUGACAAAAGUUUUAUUAGUUUCCGUCCUUUCUUGGCAUUGAGUGCGCAUGCGUGGAGAUUCAACAUUGCUCAUUCGUGAAUACACGCCAGUUACACGACAUCGAAUCCUGAAGCAUGGCUCAUGAAAGAAGCUACGAAUAUACGCCUCCUGAAUUUAGUAUGACGGUCGAGGCAACUGCAAGCACAAGCUGUGGCGGUACCACGGGCGAUUCAUCUACCUUGGGCGCCUACACAACCAUUCCUGAUGACGCGUGGAAGUACCAGUGGAAUACACAGCCCACGCCAAUAACCGAGGGGACUUGCAACGUCGAAGCCGUCCCUGACAAUGGCAUUACAAGUUACCAGCAACUGGGGUGCGUCAGCAGCAUCAAUCAAGCAAGGCCCAGCACAAGCCGCGCUGGCAUGGAGGAAGCAUCAGCCAAUUUUGAAGGCGGUGCCACAAUUUCCGAGAGCACCAUGGUUCACCAAGAGAAGACGCAGUAACAACUGGCUGAAAGCACGUCCACCGUCUUCUCACCUCUGGCUUCAGGGCAUA